GCGCAGUGCAUGCACUGUCACAGCGCUCCGCCAUUGAGGGACCCAGCUGCAGGAGUCGAUUGGGCUUACGGACUGCUAAGGUUCCGGGCCGUGCUCUUCAUGUCUCCGAGUCACUGAAACCGAACUUUUUUGUCACGGUUUGCGUGCUUUUUCUAUAUCCCCUCCCCCAAUCUCGGAUAUUUUAUUUCUUUUCCUUAUUUAGCGGUCAAUGCCUUGUGGAGGAUAAUAUAAGAUGCGGAUACGCUCGUAGCUCCAAAGCGGAGCCUGCGUUAGCUUGCUAAGCUAAUCACGCGCACGGGACGGAGUCUUGCUCGAGGGCAGCGGACAGCGCCGUUUGAUGGAUCCGAGAAUUGCCUGGUUUCAGCCAGAACAGCUCGGACCUGCCAACAGCCUUUGGAUGCAGAUUUGGGAGACGACUCAGGGUCUGGGUAGCCUGUAUUUCAACGAUAACAACAACUACAGCGCCGGCUCUACCGCGUCAAGCCGGAGUCCCGAACUCAACGGGGGAACGGGCAACGCCAAUACGGCCGCCAACGGGGCUUUUGACUUGGACGCUGGUGGGCCGAGGAAACGGGGAAUGCCCGCCUCCAGGCCCGAUGGUGAAAUCUUGGAGCAGCGGGACUUCAUUCCGUUAGAGAGCAAUAAUAAUUCCCAAAAGCGUGCAGCGGGGAGGGGCGGCGGCGGGGGGGACGUGGGCGGUAGUGGAUGCACUCAAGUCUGGAGGGGGGUCUCCGACAUCCCCGGGCGUCGUAACAAAAGGAAGCGGGACAAUAAAGCUAGCACCUUCGGCUUCAACAGCAGUUUGCUUAUCGGCUCUUCGGCAGACGAUGUCCGGGGCUGCGGCGGGUACACAGGCACGCCGUGGAAGGUUAGGAAUUACUCCGAGGGUAUUUUGGGGCUACAUGAGGAGAUUUUCGACUUCUACAUGUACAUGUCUCCUCGCCCAGAGGAAGCACGGAUGAGAUUUGAGGUGGUGGACCGAAUCCAGACGGUCAUCAAGGACCUUUGGCCCAGUGCAGAUGUACAAGUCUUUGGGAGUUUUAGUACAGGCCUGUAUUUACCCACAAGCGACAUUGACCUGGUGGUCUUCGGGAAAUGGGACACUCUGCCACUCUGGACUCUAGAAGAGGCGCUCCGGAAGAGGAACGUGGCCGAUGAGAACUCCGUCAAAGUGCUGGACAAGGCUACGGUACCCAUCAUAAAACUGACGGACUAUUACACUGACGUGAAAGUGGACAUCAGCUUCAACGUGCAGAAUGGGGUGAAAGCUGCACAGCUUAUCAAGGAAUUCAAGAAAAAAUUCCCUGUGCUUCCCUACUUAGUGCUGGUGCUGAAGCAGUUUCUGCUGCAGAGGGACCUGAACGAGGUCUUUACCGGGGGAAUCGGCUCCUACAGCCUCUUCCUUAUGGCGGUCAGCUUCCUUCAGAUGAACUACAGAGAAGAUGUCUGCAGCCCCAACAUCAACAUGGGUGUGCUCUUGAUAGAGUUCUUCGAACUCUACGGCAGGCACUUCAACUACCUAAAGACAGGUAUCCGGGUGAAGGACGGCGGCAGCUACGUGGCUAAGGACGAGGUGCAGAGGAGCAUGCUGGACGGCUACCGGCCCUCCAUGCUCUACAUCGAAGACCCACUCCAGCCGGGUAAUGAUGUGGGCCGUAGCUCGUACGGAGCCAUGCAGGUGAAGCAGGCUUUUGACUAUGCCUACCUGGUGCUCAGCCACGCCGUUUCACCCAUCGCCAAGUACUACCCCAACAACGAGUCUGAGAGUAUUCUGGGACGGAUCAUUCGGGUCACGCAGGAGGUCGCCGAGUACAGGGACUGGAUCAGCAAACAGUGGGGAGGUCCAUCGCGGAACGACCAUCCCUUUAACGGAAAUGACAUCACGCUGCUGGUGGAGCCACAGCAGUUAGAUAAAUGCAACAACAACAUGUCUGAGGAGUCGGAGUCUCGUGGCAAGCCCCCCUCCAGUUCAUGGUCCCCGGCCCCAUCCUCCCCCUCCCUGCCUUCAUCUCCCUCGUCUUCACCCUCUCUGUCUUCAUCAUCCACAGCCUCCAGUUCAAGUGAUGCUGACUCAGACGGCACGCCCUGUAAGACAGUGAAGCAGCUGGUGGGGCGGAGCUCCAGCUCACACAGGGAAGCUCCUGGGGGUGUGGUCACACACAGAGCCCAGAGCCACGCCUCCAGCUCCCCCGCCUCCAACAUCAUCAAGGGCAAGAUGGCGGCCCGGCAGUUUCGUUCCUCCAGCAAAGGAGUCAUUGGUCAGCUGGGCUCUGGACAUCUAAACGGUUCAACCAGCAACAAAACCCACCAGAGCAACAAGCCACACCACCAGGGCAAUGGCAAGAAGAGGAAACCGCAGCGUGCGACUGCAAUUGCGGACCUUUGUAGAUAGGGGGUGCUGCCCGCUACCUCAGGGCAACCAAGAUUUUCCACAGGGCCUUUUAUUGACAGGAUUGUUAGUAAUAGUAAUUUUUGAGGAAUAUGUGGCAUUUUAAUUGAAGAUCAAAGAAGGAAGGGGGAAUGGAGGUGAGCUUCUUGGAUUGACUAGCAGAAACAGACCAUUACCUUUGUUUUUGUGUCCAAUGCUGCCCCUCUGUGGCGUUCCUCCCACCAUCACCAACCAGACUCCUGUCCUCGCAUGGCACCCCCUGCUGUUUGAGAGGAGCUAAGGCAGGCUACUGGAAAGACUGUGAAUUUAAGACCAGUCCCUGAAUCUUAACUACAGCGACAGAACAGAAAGUACAAAAAAAUGUUUAAAAAAAAUAAUACAAAACAUACAUUAAAAAAAACAGUUGAAACAUUUUGGGGAAAAAAAUUGCCAUUUAUGACACAGGGAUAAGUUAUGCAUGACGUUUUUUUUUUUUUUACACUAUAUACAGAUUAUACCAAGAUUUGUAUACAAAAGAUGCUACAAAGAAGAACCUUGGGUGAGGGAUGGGAGUUUCCACAUGACUUUUUACAGGAUUUUGCUUAUCUGGAGCCUAAAUGUGUGCAUAUCCAGUCAGUCUGCAAAGCCAAGCACAAGGUUCCAUUGCCAACAGCAGUCAUCAGCAGCGCUGGCACCUGGGGGGCGUCGCCUGUGCAGGGGAGUGGCGGCCUGGGGGGGCCUCGCCUGUGCAGGGGAGUGGCGGCCCGGGGGGGGCUCGCCUCUGGCAAUGUGGUGACAGUUCGGAAUUAUUAAUGGUUUUUUAUCGCACACUGAAAGUGCUUCAUAAUAAGACUAGGAAAGCUUUAGUGGGGCAAUUGCAACUUGACUUUGCCUGUAUUUUAUCAGUUAUAGAAUAAUUUGUAUUUGUUUAUUUAUUUUUCUAUUAUAUCUAUAUAAAUUUAUAUAUACAUAACGUUAUAACCCAUGUCCUUAUAUGCUAGUCUUAAACAGAUAGCUGGUAUAUGAGGGUGGGGGGGGGGGGUGGGGGGACUAGGUGUAAACACUGUUUUCAGUCCUUUAAAGCCUUUUUUGUCUGGUAGUUAAAGUGACCAAGUUUAGGAAGUUGAGUGACCAUUUUAUAAUCAUUUUAUAUUCAUAGAAUGAGUCUGUGUGCAGGUCUGCUCACUCACAAACCUCCUACCUAUAUAAUGGCCUGGUUUUUAGUUACCUAUAACCACCGCAGUUCAUUAUAUCCUGAGUCAGCCUGGGCUUCUUGCUGCAAUUUUAGUUGACCAGUAGGUGGCGCAAUCGUACAGCGGGGGAAAAAAUACCUAAAGGGUAAUAAAAUUUGUGCCAUCUGGAAUCUGUAAUCACUACUGCUGACAGGUAUUCAAUCAGAUUGAAACAUCCUUUUGAGUUAUCUUAUAUUUUUAACUACAUGCAAUAAAAUCACAAAUACAUUUCUUACCUAGUAAGUUUUUUAAACGGCCAUGACUGUACGAAAGACACUCUGUAAUUAUAUAUUAAUAACUUAUCCAGCAUUGUAAUGCCUGCUGUUUAGAGUAUUAAUGCAAUGAACUCGUAAGACGUAAUUUAACUUUGAAAGUUUACAAAAUAUCCGUGUUUUGGAGACCCAAUCUUUGGGGAAGGCUUCUCCCUCAAUCAGCCAGCCGCAACAUACCUUAAACACUUAUGUUGAGAAAUCAAAUGACGUUUCUUGUGCCAUCGUUUUAGAAAAUGAUCCUUGCCUCCAAAUUACAGUUUCAACCAUGCCUGCUUAUUGCUGCAGCCACGCUUAAAUGAAAAUAUCAAAAUAUAGAUUUAGGCCUACAGUUAUUUCUUUCCAGCCUCAUGCAAAAAUGAUUAAAAUAAUGGGUCCAUUUGUCUUCUGAGUCUUUACAGGGAAAGGUUAUGGAAUCGCUUAUUAAUUGAUGGCGAUGCAUCAUGCGUUCGGUCUGUGGAAGUGUGUUUCUACGUAUUCGAUAGCUGUACUUUUUUUUUCCAAUGUAGUUCUUCCUGACUCUCGCCUUGGACUCUCUUAAACCAGUGUGUCAAGGAAGCUGUCUAUAUUAUGAAUUGCACCGGCGGUUAGUUAAGGUAUAGCUGCUCUACCGUCUCUCAUUUUAAUGGAGAAUGCAUUCGCCAUCCCACCCCGCUGCACCUGCUUACCUGUGAAUGAUUUCGCUCUUUCUGUCAUUUUCCCCCGUCGGCUGCUGCUUUGUCCGCUGGAUACAUCGCUAUUUGGACGAUGAUGCCGGAAUUCUUCGGCCUACAAGUUAUACACGACUUGGGUUUUUAAUGGUUGCUCUGGCGUCGAACUAUGCACCCCCAAAGAUUUCACCAGUUUUAUUAAAAGCCUAUUCGUUUCCCCCUUUGUAAUCUCCUUUGUCUUUGGAUUGAAUCAGUUGUUCUAAAUGAUACCAGCAAUUUUACAGUGCAUGCAAUAUGCGCCGCCGUUUCAGCAUCGAACUACUGUUUUGAAACUGAAGUCAAAAUUUGAGUAUUUGCUGCAUUAUUUUUUUCCCUUAAGUGAUGUAAUUGUCUAGAUUUAAGGAUCAUUUGAACUGUUCGCCCCCAUUUUAUACGUUUUUGUUUUUUUUUUCCCCCCUCCAUGUCACUCUCCACUUGUAAACCUUUCACAUAUUGGUUGAAUUGGAUAUAUAUAGAGCCUUUGCAAACUAUAUAUUUUGUGACUUUGAAUUAAUACAUUCUGAGUGUUGAGGGGCAGUGGGUUAACUGGGUUUACGAAUCAAAAACGUUUAAAAUGUACCUUUCGAUAUUAAAAAGGCACUUUAUUAUAAAA